CGUCUUUCUCCCAAGCCAUAAAUCCCGGAGCACUGCCCCUCAAUGGUGAGCUGCCAGAGACCGUCAUUUGCUCGGCCUGCCGGCGGAGCGCGGUGGCUACACGGUUACACCUCCGCCCGCUCCGUCCCGUUUUGACCGCCUUUUCUCCCCUCUCCUGCGCGAGCGCCGCCGCAGUAUAACCCGGUGGUAACCCACCGCCGCAAGCAUCCCACCGCGCCGAGCUACGCGACGGAUGCGGCGCGCGGCCCACAACCCAACCGCAGCGGCAACAACCGCUCUAUAAAGCAAUCCCCCACCUACCGGUUCCGCGGCCUCGGUCGCUUCGCUUUCCCCCAAAUCCAUUGCAGACUCGAGCUCGCAGUAGACGAGAGACGACCCAAGACUUCCUCACCCUCCCUUUGCUUCCUGCGCAAUUCCUGCGGCAGCGCCUUUGUUUGUUUCAAUGGACAGCGACUACAUUGCCAGCCUGCUCAUGGGCUCAUCCGCCCCUGCACUCAGCUUCGCCGCGCUGGACGCCGGGUUCCUCGACACGCUACGCGGCGGCGGCGGCGGGGGCCUCUUCGGGGUGCCCGCGGAGGCAGGGUGUGGCGGCGGGUCUCCGGAGGGGUCGUCGGUGUCCGACCCAGCGUGGGCGCGCGCUAGGGACUACGGCAAUGCCAGGAAACGCAAGGCGCCGCCCACGGGGUCCGCCGGUGGCAAGGAGGCCUGCUUGAGCAAGGUUGCGGAGGCCAAGGGUCCGGACGGGAAGAGGUGCAGAGUAGUGGGUGCCAGCGACAGUCCGGUGAAGCCGAAGGAAGAGGAGGAGGAGGCGGCGGCGAGCGACGCCUUGGUUGAAGUCAAAGCGCAGAAGAAGGGCAAGGGGAAGAGCUCGAAGCCGGCAGUCGAACCGCCCAAAGACUACGUCCAUGUCCGGGCGCGGCGGGGGCAGGCGACUGACAGCCACAGCCUUGCAGAGAGGGUUAGAAGAGAGAAGAUUAGCCAGAGGAUGAAAUUUCUACAGGACCUAGUGCCAGGAUGCAACAAGGUGGUCGGCAAGGCACUCAUGCUCGAUGAGAUCAUAAACUACGUCCAGUCGCUGCAGCAGCAAGUUGAGUUCCUGUCCAUGAAGCUCGCCACUGUGAACCCAGAGCUUGAUUUCAGCAACCUAUCGACACUCCUGCACAAAGACAUGUACCAACAGCCAUGUGGUGGCCCUUCGGCAAGUUCGGUCUUUCCACUGGAAAGCGCCGGCGCAGCUUUUCCAUUCUGCGAGCAGGCGGAUCUUUUCCACAGCUUUGGCUCGGGUGGUAGCGGUAGCGGUAGUGGUAUGGAGGAUCAGUGCUCUCUAAGCCUGCUGCUAGACACGGCUCUGCCCCACGCGGCCAGCCCACAGUUUGCUUUUCAAAAGCAGCAAAGGGACUUGUGGGAGGAUGGCCUACAGCAUGCUUUGCCUACCCCUACUACCGGUAGCGAGCAAAGGCAGGAGGAGGAUGGGCUUUUAGUACCCGACCUUUGAUGGCCAGUUGCAAGCUGAUCAGGCGAAGGCUGAGUUCUAGCCCGUCCCUGGUGAUCUGCAAGGGCUGGUAUUUUUGUACAUAGGUGGUGGUGGUACCAAGACCUGUGUGUGGGCUGUGUGUUUCAAGCAGAGCUCUCCUCUGCUAAGCUGACCAUCAUUAGCGUUUAGGCCUGCGACUGCGACUGCGAGCUGAAAUUCAUUCCGUGAUACUGCUGCACGUAUGUCACAUGGCGACUCGAUUCUUGCCCCCCAUAGAGAUCGUGCGACCCAUCUCGUGAAAAAUUGGAGUAGGUCGUGUGCUAGGUAGAUAUGGCGCAAAUAUUACAUGCGCCAUCAUCUGAAGCUGUACUGAUUAUUACUCCUAUGUAAGACCGCUGGUGGCUGGUACUGGAACGAUACCGUGUCAUGUUUGUUGCAUUUUUUUUCUGAUCUUACGAUUAUGACGAAAGUGCAAGUAUAUGAGGUUUCUCUCCUUU